AUGGAAGAGGCCCCAGAACUAUUGGUGAUAUAUCACACAUUUAAUUUAUGUACUCAUGAAGCUGAUUUGGAGGGUAUCGCCAUGAACAUGAAUCAGUCUCUGUUAGGUCAGUUACUGAUGCACGCCCACAAGGUGUUUGACAUAAUGUCUAUGUUAGCUUUUCACCCAGAUGAGACUACUUUUGGCUACCUUUCCUGUCGAUAUGCACCAAAAGGACUCGAGAACAAGAUAAUUGAACUACAGGACUUGGAAUUUAGGUUUGACAACCAAAGUAGAAACUCUAUUUGGCAUGUUAUUGAAGCUGGGAGGACAGGUUUGCUAAUGAGGUGGCCAAUGCUAAUGCUCGAGUCUCUAGUCCAAAGGCUAAAUGAGAAUCUAAUCAGAACACAAGUUCUUUUAGUAUCACAUCUGCAGCUUCAACUGAAUCUUGAAAGUUCCAUGGUCUGUAAUCUAAGUGGUCUAGAUACUGAAGAACCACUUCAAGUAGCAGUUUUCGACUUGACAACCUGUGAAUUGGGUUCUCUUAUAACCCACGUACUGAAGAACCACUCCCGAUCAGCAGCCUCCCCACCUCCUGCUAUUGGUUUACAAAAUCUGUACAAUCCACGUGCUUCUCGUUUGAUUGGCAUGAUCACCAGAAAGGACUUGAUAUUUGAGCAAGCCAAUAAUGAUUCAGGUUCUGUGGAGCUCCAUUCAACUAGUGUAAGCGUUGCUGUUUCAUGCAUUUAA